AUGUAUACGGAUGGCGAUCAUGGGCCUCAAAACGAGAGAAGCUCUUGCAAUUUCAUUGACUCGCAAGAUGCGCAUCUAGGAACCGCAGCUCCUCUCAGCCUGCUCUGGAAUCAGGCAGUGUCAAGUGUCUUCAGGAUACGCCUCAUCGCGAUUGUUUCCAAAGGUUCAGGUGCAGGAAUUCUAAUUUGGUGUAGAGGUCGACGUUGUUGGGGCACAUUCAAGGAUACUCCUCUGAAGGACGAAUCCGAAGGUGUCAAGACUAUUAUGGGAGAGCAGCGUCGACCUGAUGCAUGCGCACAUUAG